ACGAACCUCCGGGGAAGCGGGUCUGCGGCAGCCAUGAUACAUUUUAUCCUGCUGUUCAGCCGACAAGGGAAAUUAAGACUUCAGAAAUGGUUUAUUACACUUCCUGAAAAGGAAAAGAAAAAAGUCACCCGAGAAAUUGUGCAGAUUAUUCUGGCUCGAAAUCAAAAAAUGAGCAGCUUUGUUAACUGGAAAGAUCUCAAGCUUGUUUACAAAAGAUAUGCUAGUUUGUAUUUCUGUUGUGCAGUAGAAGAAGAAGAUAAUGAACUUUUGACCCUAGAAGUUGUCCAUCGUUAUGUAGAGCUAUUGGACAGAUAUUUUGGCAAUGUAUGUGAACUGGAUAUUAUUUUCAAUUUUGAGAAAGCAUAUUUUAUACUUGAUGAAUUUCUAAUGGGCGGGGAAGUUCAAGAGACAUCCAAAAAAUCUGCGGUGAAAGCCAUAGAAGAUGGUGAUAUGUUACAAGAGACAAUGGAAGAAUAUAUGAGCAAGCCUGCCUUUUAAAUCAAAACUAUAGAACCAGCUAAAGGGACCAUGUAAUAUGACAUAACAUCUCUUAAGUGCCAGAUUUUGCUUAAAAUACACAUUCCCCAAAGUUCUAAAAGUGAUAUGUUAUCUAUGCAACUGUCAAGAUGAAGGUCAGCCACAGUGCUGUGAGUAUAGCAGCACAUGUAUAUUAUACUUUCUUUGAGUUUAUUUUAAUUUAAUAUUUCUUGGCUGUCUAGAUUGAAAGUUUUAUGGCAAGUCUUACUAUAACUUUUUAUUCUAAGAAAUUGAUACUAGAAUCUUUGAAGGAUAUAUUUAUGACUUUGGACCAGUUUCUGAUCAAUUCAAUAUAAUUUUGUAAAAACAAAAAUUGUUAUGUGAUCAUUUCUUCUAUAUUAAUAAUACUUUUACAAAAUGUA